CCUUUUACUAUAUAUUUGUAUAUAUGUAUAUAUGUAUAUAUAGCAAACCAUGUUUGAGCCAAUUAGACGGUGUCUAACAAUCCUUUCUUGUACAAAAUCUGUCCCCAUGGCCACUCUCGUAUCCGAUAACCUUGAUGAAGUUGAAAGAUCUAUAUCAGAUACAGCACCCUGUCAUUACAUACUAAAGAUACAGUCAUUUUCAUUACUUUCAAAGAAUGGCAUUGAAAAAUAUGAAUCUGGAGAGUUCCAAGCUGGUGGAUACAAAUGGAAACUCGUACUGUAUCCGAAUGGGAACAGAAGCAGAAAUGUGAAAGAACACCUUUCUCUAUACUUGGUUUUUGUUGAUGUUAGUUCUCUCUUUCGUCACGGUUUGGAGGUCCAUGCCGAUUUCCGGUUUUUCUUGCUUGAUCAGAGCAAGGACAACUACUUGGUAGUUCAUGAUGCCAAGGAAAAAAGCAGGCGCUUUCACAGAUUAAAACAUCAAUGGGGAUUUGAUCAAUUGAUCCCCAUUAGAUCGUUUAAUGAUAUUUCCAACGGAUACCUACUCGAUGACACUUGCGUAUUCGGAGCUGAAGUGUUCAUUACCAAGGAAACGAGCUCGGGAAGAGCAGAAUGCUUGUCAGUGAUGAAAGAUGCCAUCAGUUGCAAGCAUGUUUGGAAAAUUGAAAACUUUUCAAAAUUAGAAUCAGAAUACUUGGAAUCACAAGCAUUUUUUUCUGGAGAUCAGAAUUGGAAAAUACAGCUUUAUCCGAAAGGAAGACGACAUGGAUCAGGCACUCAUAUCUCCCUGUAUUUGGCUUUGGAAGAUCCAGUCACUCUCACGGCUGGUUCUAAAAUGUUUGUGGAAUUCACUUUGCGUGUCCUGGAUCAGAUGCAAAGCAGGCACAUCGCUGGAAAAGUUAGUCACUGGUUUAGUGAGUCAAGCCCGGAAAGUGGGUGGGCAAAAUUUGUUUCAUUGCCGUAUUUCCACCAUACCGGCGCUGGCUGCCUGGUCAAGGAUAUCUGCAUGGUGGAAGCAGAGGUGAUCGUCCACGCGGUUGCUAGUAUAUUGUAACUAUAACCAUUAUGUAAACAAAUUUGUAUUCGAACUUAUUACAGCAUGUUGUGUAACUUUUUUUGGUUGGAUUUGCUUAGAAUUUACAACAUGCCUUGUUACUGUGAUUGGUCCACCUGAAGCUUGUUAUAUUUACAUAUUGAGGAUUUGCUUA